UAUUUCGAUGCUGUAGAGCAGGGAGUACACCCGCACACCGCACUGACAGCUGCUAUGUGUGGAGAACCCGGAUACUGGCCGCUUCUCCGGUAUCUGCUGCGAUCGGUGCCCUUAGUCUCCAGUAACAUGGCGCCUUUGGAGACCAUGUAAGCUGAGCUGAGUCUUGGCUCUUCUGUUUAUAACUCUAUCUACAUGUUUUGAAAAGCUGCUCCCUCCCAGAGUGUUUACUGGCACGAGCUGACCCUGCCGCUCCCUGAUUGGCUGCCGGGAACUUGCUCGCGCGCUGAUUGGCUGCGGGUGACCUGAGCUGCUGCACUGAGUCUGGACUUGUCUGCAGAAGUUGGAAGAUGCAGCUUGGCAGCCAUGUUGGAGGAGAUUCAGUUCCGUUGGGUCCCCACAGUACAUCAGGACUUCCAGUUGUGGCCAGAGCUGUUUGGCAUGUGAUGAAGACGAGAGACAUCCAGCACUUUGGGAGAGUGUUGGAGUUUUUGGAAUUAAUCCAUGAGCAGGUUCCUGAGAUGGUGUGUUACAGACACCAUGCCAAGCUGUGCUUGGGUAUAAAAGGAAAGAUGGUGCUUGACAUGUUUGAGAAGUGCCGCUCCUUGUUGGAUAUCAUGAAAGCUUUAAACCAUCAUUUCCCUUCUGUGUAUCCUCACAAUCCACAUGCAACAAAGCGAGACCUCUACAAAGUCCAUCAGUGCAGCUUGGGUUUCCGCAGAUUAAUCUUUCGCAUGAUACGGGAUGAGAGGUUUCGCAAGGACUACGUGCAGACCAAGCUUCAAAAUGAAUAUGGAGAGUCCUUUGUGGCUGCUCUCGAGAGACUUUUAUGGGAACUGUUACAUAGAAUGCAGUCAAUUCUCAAUCACAAGGCAUCAAAUUUAGAUAAAACUCUUACAGAGUCCCCAGAAAACCAGAUUGUCUCUCUUGAGCCAUCGCAUCAGCUGCAACAAAGACCACACUCUCACCAUCGAGAUGCUUCAGAUACAUCAAGCACUCCUUGCCAUACUUGUACUGAAGACCCAGCAGGAAGAGAUCAGCAUGGAGACUCUUUAUCUUACAAAAGCAGUGCCUGGUCUGCAGGAGAACAGAAACUGGAUAAGACUUUACAAGCUCUGCGUGAAACAAGUCAGGAGUUCACAGAUCCCAAACUAGCCAGCGACUGCAGACUUAGCAGGGUCCCUGUGCAGAAUGUUGCCAACUCUCAGAAGUUUUUAGAUGAAACGGUAAUUGAGCAGGAGCCGGACCCCAAUAUCUCUAUUUUCUAUUCUGAGUACCCAAAUGCACAGCAUCCUGUUUUUGACAUUUUUGGCUGGGACAUUAGUGAAGCUUUGGAGGUAAACCAUCUAAAUAAACUUUCACCACCAAACCCUUUGCAGUCACAGGAAUUUGACGACGUUUUGUUGGGCAAACAGGUUCUGCCAAGCUUGUCCAGGGAUGUCACAAGGAGCACUUCACCGUCAGUGGGCUGUGACGUGCUGGAAUUGCCAGGAACCCAUGAGAAAAGCAGGCUGGCAUGUGCUACAGAACAGGAGCAAGAUGUCUUGCAGGCCAAUGAAAUUCUGCAUCGUUGGCAAAGUGCUGCCCUCACAGAUGUUCCACAUCAGUCACUGCACUGUGUAGGGCAGGACUCCUAUAAACUGGGUCCUCACACUAGGAGCGUGGCAGGGAGGACUACAUUGUUCAACUGUUCUGUGCCAAUGCCAGUGUCCUUUAAAUACCAACCAAUGGUGAUCCUGACGCAAUUACCAGUGGAAAACGUUAGCACACCUAACAAGUGCACAGAACAGGAAGAUGCCAAAUCUUCAGCAAGUGAGAUGGUGCCCCCUACAGAUGACACUGAGCUUUCAUACGCCACAACUUGGAGGGAUUCUGAAAGCUGGAUGGACACGUGCUCUGGUGACUGUGGCAGUGAUCCUGAUUAUGUACCGGGUUGCUUUUAAAGAGAGCCGUUCAUUGUGUUGGGGUGUGUGUGUAUUCCUGAGCCAAUCACUGUUUUGGGACAUUACCUACAUCUAUGAAUCAAAGACUGAGUAUUGUCUGUAUAUAAUGUAUCCUUUUAUCUUUGGAAUAUAAGCUUCCAGUUCUCUGCUGACCAUCAGCUAAUUGAUAAUGAUGGCAAAUUUAGUUCAGAAAUACCUUGGAUGCCCACACUGGGCAUCACUAGAAAGCAGGGCUUGGGACCGGGCAGACGGUCCUAGGCUCACUCUUCCUUGUUUGUUGCCCAGUUAUCCCCGAGAGAAUGCACUUGGGCUGUAUAUAAGCAUUCUGCUUUAUUCUCGGAUCACCAUUUUCAAAGCCAUAUUGUGAUAACACAGCGUUGUGCCCCCUGCUCCUGUGGCCGCUACAUGGCUCAGAAUAUUCCUAUCAUGAAUUGCUCUAUGUGCAAUGUGAUUUAGUCAAUAUGGUGUCGCAACCAAUGGGGAAUUAUUUUUUUUUCUUACAGCAGCGAGGUUGGACAUUCUGUUCCCGUUGUGUUUACACUAAACUUAAUAUUCAUUCCAGGAGAGCUGAACAUACACUCAUUCCCGGAAGCUCAUAAAAAGAAGAGACCGACAUUUGCUGAAACAGGCAAACACUGUUGGACAUAUUUUGCAAACGUGCAUAUACACACUAAACUGUGAAUUGAGGAGAAGUUACCAGGGAAUAGUACAUUUUCAGCCGAAAUAGCCCUAUUUGAAAACUCCGGGGUUGGCAACCUAUAGCAUGUGAGACUGCCAGAUUCAAUUGGGCCAGAUGGUGAGAUCAGAGGAGCCAUCCCAGGGUGCUCCAGCACACGGAGUAUAAGGGAUCCUGUGUUCUGCACAUCCAGUGGGUGCAUAUGCAACCGAUUCACGAUCUGCCUCUUCCCAGUGAUUCAGAGCAUUGCUGCGUUUUCCCAUGAUUAUGCUCUGACUCCUGGUAACAUGUCAAACUACAGACAGAGCCAGGGGAGGUCUGCACCCGUGGAAGGUGCAGACUGCAAGUUCCACCACUUGGCCACCAGGGAUUUUGAGGAUUCAUGCCCCUCUCUCUGGGCAAAGUAAGCCAAGAGGUAGUGGUUAAUUACUUUAUUUUCGCAAACACACACAACCACAACACAUACACAACCCAUACGCACAAAAUACCACUAACAGACCACAUUCACACACAAAACCUACAAGCAAACCCCUCCACACACCUUAACACAAACGGCUCACAUACAAAACUACGUACAGCCCACAUGUGCACUUGCAUAACACCACAAACAUCCCACACGUAUGCAUAAAACCGACCCUCAUAUACAAUCUCACUAAGCGCCCAUAAAUAACACCAGACAAAUUUCUUUGCAUACCCUAUGGGUCUUCAAAGUUUUACUUUGGCACAGCACCACCAAAAGGUUGCCUAGCCCUGCUCUGUUUAAUCUUUCAUCCCAACACAGCUGUUUUUGACAAUUGGCAAUUCAUAUCUCCCAAAUUGUGUUUCGAGAACACCUUGAUUAGCGCACAAAAUGCAACUGCCAAAUAAUUUAGUGUCUUGGCCUGGACUCCUUUACCGCAGGAAUGUCAUAGUUAAUCAUAAUAUAAUAUUUGUAGCAUUGAAGUUACAUGAAAGAUCUAGAUAUAAUAAAUAUAACUGUAUGUGUUUGUAUGAUGAUACAAUGCUGAAUUACAAUUAUUUUUACAUUUU